AUCGAGUGUGUAGAUGCAAGCGCUCAGAAAAUUGCAUCAGCGAAAGUGAGGAAGUUUUACUCCACGUGAUACAUUCAUCGUCGUAUAAGCAUCGUGUGAAUCUAUUGUGAUGUAGGAAAUCAUUAUAUGACAAAUUGUUAGGUUAGACGAACUGUGGUGGUUAAUGUAUAGAGUUUUUAUUCUAUAACCAUACCGUACAUGUACUGGAGUUACCUGUGUAAUGGAUUGCGGGUGUGAUUGUACAAAACAAAAAAACAAAAUAAGAUUCUGUUGACUGCUGGAUAUUUCCAUCGAGGGCAUAAGGAAGACCAACUGACCGGCUUUUACUAUUCUCGAUGCACUUCAAGGCGGAUAAUAACACGCAAUCACCUUGAGAAGUGUAACUACAUAAGAUGCACUACCUCACAUCAUACACGGAACCAACAGCCAUGUGGAGUAAUAAUGAUACAUAUAUAUACAUAUUGAUUUGACAUAUUUUGAUACAUUUGAUACAUCAAAUCAUUUGUCAAACGAAGACUUUAUAAACUUUAUAGAUUUAUAAACACAAAAUUAGAUGCCUUUUGGACUGCUGUUACAUUCCGAACUAAAUCGUGAAUACAGGCGCGAUAUAAUUUAAAUGUAAUGGCAAUAUAUGUUGCGAAGUGUAUAGACAUACCAACAAAUGGUUCUAUGUCGUCGUAAUAAACAUAUCAACAAUACCCAUCUGCCCGCGAAUAUCGAAGACAGAAAUCGGGAUAAACAAGAAAAAAUAGUUUAAAGACUACUCGUACGUAACAAAGAUUAAUGCAAAGCUGAGUUCAUUUGUAAUCGCUUCGAUAUACAAUUUAGUAAAAACUUGAUUCUUGAUAACAAGCAGUUCCAAAAAGUUGACGUUAUAUAGCACUUCCGUAAUCGAAUAUGAUCAUGAAAGUCCUGCGUUACAGACGUUUAAAAGCUGGUACGAUGUUUCUUAUUAUACCAACCGUCUUUGCUCUGAUGAUGAUCUACAUGAUACAUAAUCAAAAGGUUUCAAAAAGUGUAAAUGAUAAGAGAGAGAUUCCCUUUCGUAUGUUUCGUUAUCCUCUGGACAUCAACUUCAGAGAAUUAAUUAUCGACAUCAGCAAAACGGGUCAAACACCCGUCAAACCUAUCAAUGUGUAUCCAUAUACAUAUGUAAAACCAAAAGAAAAUAUUUGUGAAUCAAAGGAAGAAAUAACACUGUUGUUUAUGAUAAAGUCAGCACCGGGAAAUUUCGAUCAGCGACAAGCUAUCAGGGAGACAUGGACUAACAGGAAAUAUUUCAAACAAGAUAUCAUCCGUCAUGCCUUUCUUCUUGCACGAACUACGAAUAUAUCAAUAAAUGAUCGUCUUUCAUUGGAGGAAGAUAUGUAUGACGACAUCGUCCAGAUGACGUAUGUUGAUAACUAUUACAGGAACACAUACAAAACUAUUGGAGGCAUUAAUUGGUGUGUUAAGUAUUGUCCCAAAGCUAAAUUUGUUAUGAUGGUGGAUGAUGAUUUUUACGUUGCCACGGAUUUCCUCUUGGAGUACCUGAACGGACUACCUUACAGCACAGUUCGCUCUCUCUUUGCGGGUUACGUGUUUGACGAUAUUCCACAGAGAGGCCCAACUCAGAAAUGGUAUAUGCCAUUUGAAGACUAUCCUUUUGACAAGUAUCCGCCGUUCAUUAGUGCCGGUGCCCUUAUGUUGUCGAUGGAAUUUGUCAAAAAACUCCAGAUUGCUAUCCCAUUUACUAAGCAGUUUAAGUUUGAUGACAUUUUUCUAGCAAUUAUUGCUUAUAAACUCGAUGUGAAGCCGAUAAACCUUGCAGGUUUCCACAUAACAAAGCGUGUUUCACUCGAGGAUGAACAAUUCGACAGUGCAAAAGCCUCCCAUUUCUAUGCAAAUACAAAUGACCUGAGGAUGGCAUGGUAUUACCAUUUAAAAACAAAGAUAUACCGUAAUUAGUAUUGUAAAAACAACGUUGUAUUUUACUGUACUUCUAAUAUCUCCCGCUUUUCGAAACAAAUCGAGGGAUAUUAACUUGGGUCCGUCCGUCUGUCACCUUUCAGUGUCCUUGUAAUAACUACGCUAAAAUGGUCUCAUACAUGCUAAAUUGGUCGCAUACUACUAAAAUGGUCUCAUACUUGCUAAAAUAGUCUCAUACAUGCUAACAUGGUCUCAUACAUGCUAACAUGGUCUCAUACAUGCUAAAAUGGUCUCAGACAUUCUAAAAUGGUCUCAUACAUGCUAAAAUGGUCUCAUACAUGCUAAAAUGGUCUCAUACAUGCUUACAUGGUCUCACACAUGCUAACAUGGUUUCAUACAUGCUAAAAUGGUCUCAUACAUGCUAAAAUGGUCUCAUACAUGCUAAAAUGGUCUCAUACAUGCUAACAUGGUCUCAUACAUGCUUAAAUGGUUUCAUGCAUGCUAAAAUGGUCUCAUGCAUGCUAAAAUGGUCUCAUACAUGCUAACAUGGUCUCAUACAUGCUAAAAUGGUCACAGACAUUCUAAAAUGGUCUCAUAUAUGCUAAAAUGGUCUCAUACAUGCUAACAUGGUCUCAUACAUGCUAAAAUGGUCUCAUACAUGCUAACAUGGUCUCAUACAUGCUUAAAUGGUCUCAUACGUGCUAAAUGGUCUCAUACCUGCUAAAAUGGUCUCAUACAUGCUAAAAUGGUCUCAUACAUGCUAACAUGUUAAGACUAAGUUCACUCGUCAAUGUGAUCCUUUUAUAUUUACACAUAAUUAAUAACACUUAUACAUUCUGAUUGCUAAGUGCAUUAAGUGCUCUAAUAGUGGUUCUAUUUAAACACAAUUUGGUGUGCACAUACCUAUUAACAUGUUUAAGUUCGCUGGUCAAUGUGAUCCAUGCAAAUUUAUGCAUAAUUAAUUACACAUACAUUUUGAUCGGUUUAUUAGUUUCCAUGUAAUAAGUGUGCUUAUUAUGGUCCUAUUUCAACAAAAUGUGUUAUGCACAUACAUAUUAACUGGUAUUAGACUUUGGCAUUUGAAUAAAUGCUCUAUUACAACAAUAAAUGUCUUAUAGAUAUUUUUGGCAAAAUCCUAGCAGAGUUCUCCGGUGUGCUUUAAUUUCAAGUAGAUCACACAAACACGAUAUUAUAAUUGUAUUAAUAUUCACAUAAAGGAAUUUAUAACCUCGGUUUUAUAUUUCAACAUGUUUACCUAUGUGCUUGUAUUCAAUUAUUCGGUUUGAGGUGGAAAUAUGUAAUCUAAUAAUAACUGGGUUAUCUCCCUUGUCACUUCAGUAGUAUGUCAUGUGAGUGCAAUUUUUUUAUUGUUUUAUAUGCCCACCUCUACCCCUGACUUCAUCCCCUUUUGAAUAAAAAAGCAUUUUGCU